AUGCUUGAAGAAACAACCGAUACGAGUAAACACCGUGGUGAAACAGUUGAUCUGAACGAAAAUGAUUCGUCGUUACUUAUUGAUAUAUCAGACGCAUUAUCAGAAAAAGACAAAGUCAAAUUUACUGUUCAUACAAAAACUAAACUAGCUGUGUUCAGUGAACGCGAAUUUAAUGUAUCCAGACAACAUGAAGAGUUUAUAUGGUUACAUGAUCGUUAUGUUGAAAAUGAAGAAUAUGCGGGUUUAAUUAUUCCACCUCCACCACCACGACCGGAUUUUGAUUCAUCACGAGCAAAAUUACAAAAAUUAAGUGACAGUGAAGGAAGUUUAACUAAAGAAGAAUAUGAAAAAAUGAAACAAGAACUAGAGGCUGAAUAUUUGGCAAUGUUUAAAAAAACUGUUAGUAUGCAUGAAGUAUUUUUACAACGUUUAGCUGCACAUCCCAUAUUACGUAAUGAUAAUAAUUUUCGCGUAUUCUUGGAAUAUAAAGAAGAUUUGAGUGUACGUGGAAAAAAUGCCAAAGAACAAAUAAGCGGUUUUUUUAAAACAUUAACAAAAACAGCUGAUGAAGUCAUAUUGGCCAAUCAAAAGGAACAAGACGAAUUUUUUGAACAUCAAAAACAAUUUUUAAUUAAUUAUAAUGCAAAGAUAAAAGAUGCCACAAAUCAAGCGGAUCGUUAUACUCGAGCAUAUAAAAAUGUUGCUGAUCAGUAUAUAAAAAUGUCAGCGGGUUGGAAUGCAUUAGCAACAACUGAUAAAAGUGAUUUAUCAAAAUAUUUACUUAUAUUAGCUGAUUUAUUUGAAAAAGCACGAAAAUUAGAAUCACGUGUUCAAUCAGAUAUAGAUUUAAAAUUAUCUGAUACAUUACGUUAUUAUAUGAGAGAUAGUAAAGCGGCAUUAGAUUUGAUGUAUCGACGUUCACGUUGUUUAGCCGAUUUUGAUACAGCAAAUAAAAAUUUAGAUAAAGCACGACAAAAAAAUAAAGAUGUACCACAAGCUGAAGCAAGUCAACAAACAAUAAAAACUAAAUUUGAAAAUUUAUCGGAAAAAGCAAAAGAUGAAUUGCAUGAUUUUAAAACACGUCGUGUACAAAUGUUUCGAAAAAAUUUAAUUGAAUUAAGCGAUUUACAAAUUAAACAUGCCAAAGCUCAGAUUCAAAUGAUUCGAAGUGUUAUGCAACAAACCGAAACUGCUACAUCAUCUGGUUAG